CUUGAGCUCCGCAGUCGGUUGCAUCAUGACUGGCCGAGGGAAAGGCGGUAAAGGGUUGGGCAAAGGCGGCGCCAAGAGACACCGCAAAGUGCUCAGAGACAAUAUCCAGGGCAUCACCAAGCCCGCCAUCCGCCGCCUCGCCCGCCGCGGCGGCGUCAAGCGCAUCUCGGGUCUGAUCUACGAGGAGACCCGCGGGGUGUUGAAGGUCUUCCUGGAGAACGUGAUCAGGGACUCGGUGACUUACACCGAACACGCCAAGCGCAAGACGGUCACCGCUAUGGACGUGGUUUAUGCUCUGAAGCGCCAGGGCCGCACCCUGUACGGGUUCGGGGCUUGAGGGGUUGAGGGAAUGGGAAGGUUUUCACGGCGAAUCCGUUUGAUAAUCGGAUUAAAGACAUAAACAAAAA